AUGUCCAAAGCACCGUCGCAGCUAGGUGUCAAGUUUGCAGAGACGUUCCGCACCGACCCGGACGGCUGGCGCCUCAAGGUCGGCGAGGACAGCCAUGGCCAGCACAAAUGGGUCUACCUGUCCACUGCCGCGCAACGCGAGGCAUGGCCGCAACAGCCCGUGGACAAGUACUCCAUGGGCCUCCCAACUGGACUCCCGCGACAGCCUGAGGCCAAGACGCCAAUGGACGCUGCGCGUAACGGUCUCCGCUUCUACCGCGAGCUCCAGAGCGAGGACGGUCACUGGGCCACCGAGUAUGGAGGCCCCCUCUUUCUGACCCCCGGUCUCAUCAUUGCGCUCGAGGCGGUCGGAUACAAGCUGCAAGAGGAGAAGAAGGCUGAGCUUAAGCGAUACCUCUUCAACAAGUUGCGCCCCGAGAUGGGUUGGGGUCUUCACACGGCUGCUCCACCUACCGUCUUUGGCACUGUCAUGAACUAUGUCAUGCUCCGUCUCCUGGGUGUUGGACCCGAAGACGGUCCCAUGCCCGCUAUCCGCGCCAAGAUUCACGCAAUGGGCGGCGCAUUGGGUAUCCCCACCUGGGGUAAGGUGUGGCUCUCGAUCCUCGGCGCAUAUGACUGGGCUGGUGUCAACCCGACUCCACCAGAGCUAUGGCUCCUGCCCGACUGGGUGCCGUUCGCACCUUGGCGUUGGUGGAUCCACGUCCGUUUGGUCUUCACUCCCAUGGCAUACCUCUGGGGCAUACGCUACACCAUGCCCAUCACCGACCUCACAAGGCAGUUGCGACAGGAAAUCUACACCCAGCCGUACGAGUCCAUCCACUGGCCUCCCCAAAAGGACAACAUCAACCCUGCGGACCUGUACUCGCCGCACCACCCCGUGUUUGACGCAUUGAACCUCAUCUUGGGGGUGUACGAGAAGAUGCCGCGUCUUCCUUGCUUGCCCAACAUGCGCAAGGCGGGUCUCAAGGCGGCAUACCGCCAGAUUGUCUACGAGGACGAGAACACGGGGUAUCAGACUGUGGGCCCCGUGUCCAAGGCGUUCAACAUGCUCGCCCGUUUCGCGGCCGAGGGCGACGGCGAGGCCCUCAAGCUCCACCUUGCCAAGAUUGACGACUUCCUCUGGAUGUCCAAGGACGGUCUGUUCAUGACAGGAACCAACGGUUGUCAGCUGUGGGACAUUUCAUUCCUCGCGCAGGCCGAGGUCGAGACUGGCUUGGCCGAGGAGGGCGAGAACAGAAAGUCGGCGUUGGCCAUGCUUGACUGGCUGGACAAGUGUCAGAUCCGCAACAACCCCAAGUGGUACAAAAAGGCAUACCGCCAUGCUUCCAAGGGUGCUUGGCCAUUCUCGACCCCGGAGCAGUCGUACACUGUCAGUGACUGUACCGCCGAGGGCAUGAAGGGUGUCAUGGCCCUCCAGUCGCUCGACUUUAUCCCCAACCCCCCGCCCGUCUCGAUUGAGCGUCUCCGCGAUGCUGUCGACGUCUUGCUCUCGAUGCAGAAUCCCUCGGGAGGGUUUGCGUCCUAUGAGCUCAUGCGUGGAUCAAGCAGGAUGGAGUGGCUCAACGCCGCUGAGGUGUUUGGCAACAUCAUGGUCGACUACAUGUACCCCGAGUGCUCGACGUCGGCCCUCAGUGCCCUCAAGUACUUUAGCAAGAUUGACCCAACGUACCGCCGCACCGAAGUCGAGUGCUGCAUUGAUGGCGCAAUCACCUGGAUCCACAGCGUGCAGCGUCCCGACGGAUCAUGGUACGGUUCUUGGGGCGUGUGCUUUACCUACGCGACGAUGUUUGCGCUCGAGUCGCUCGGCAUUGCGGGAGAAUCAUGCGCCAACUCGGACCGUGUCCGACGCGCAUGUGACUUCCUGCUCAGCAAGCAGAUGGCUGAUGGCGGCUGGGGUGAAACGUACAUGAGCUGUGUGACGAUGGAGUAUCAGCAACACGACGAGUCACAAGUGGUCAUGACUGCCUGGGCGCUGCUGGCACUCAUCUACGGCAAAUCGCCGGCCACCGACGCGAUUAAGCGCGGUAUGGAGCUUAUCAUGAGCCGGCAACAGAGCGACGGCAGCUGGCUGCAGGAGGACACGGAAGGCAUUUUCAACAAGAACUGCGCCAUCGACUACCCCGCAUUCAAGUUUAUCUUUUGUAUCUGGGCUCUGGGGCGAGGCUCAAAAUACCUUGCAGCUGCCACGAGCUGA